AUGGCCUCCCUCGAGCAAGCCGCACAAACCUCCCCCCUCUUCCGCCACCGUCAACUGGCCCCUGCAGCGGCAGUACGCGUAUCUCCCCUAUGCCUUGGAGCCAUGACAUUCGGCGGCCGUCAAGAGUCACGUUACGGAGAUUGUACUCGUGAAGAUGCCUUUUCUAUCCUCGACCACUUCUAUAGCCAAGGAGGCAACUUCAUCGACACAGCCAGUGCCUACCAAGAGGGACAAUCGGAGAUCUUGGUCGGCGAAUGGAUGGCAUCACGCAACAACCGCGACCAGAUCGUGCUCGCAACCAAGUACACAGCCGCCUACAUGACACACCACAAAGAUGCGAUCCAGUCCAACUAUGGCGGCAACAAUGCCAAGUCCAUGAAGGUCAGCGUUGAGCAAUCCCUGCGUAAGCUCCAGACUUCCUACAUCGAUCUCCUCUACGUGCACUGGUGGGACUUCACCACCUCCAUCCCGGAACUUAUGCAUGCGCUGAACGACCUCGUCGUGGCGGGGAAAGUCAUUUACCUCGGUAUUUCGGAUACCCCCGCCUGGGUGGUGACCAAAGCGAAUCAAUAUGCCCGGGAUCACGGACUGCGUCCGUUCGCUAUUUACCAGGGAAUGUGGAGCGCCGCGAUGCGGGACUUUGAGAGGGAUAUUAUCCCCAUGGCCAGGGAAGAAGGGAUGGCGUUGUGCCCAUACGGUGUGCUGAAUCAGGGUCGGUUCCAGACGCGAGAGGGGUUCGAGGAGCGGGAGAAGCAUAACCCCGGUCGCAAAUUUAUUCCCACGUCGGAGCAUGAUAAGAAGGUUUCUGCGGCUCUUGAAGAUAUUAGCACUGUUAAGGGCGUCAAGCUGCUUGAUGUGGCUUUGGCCUAUGUGUUGCAGAAGUCUGUCUACGUGUUCCCGAUUAUCGGUUGCAGGAAGAUCGAUCAUAUUAAGGGUAGCAUUGCGAGCUUGAAUGUGACCCUCACUGACGAAGAGAUGGAGAAGGUUGAUGCUGCUUACCCAUUUGACUUUGGGUUCCCUCACACUUUCCUGAGUGGCUCGAUGUUUGAUCAUUCUACUCCGAGAAUGGCCGAGAAGCCAGGUGAUGUCUGGCUGACCAAGGCCAUGGGCAAGUUUGACUGGGUUGAGCAAACCAAGCCGAUUAGACCGGCUUCUUAA